AUAAUUAGACUAUAUUUGUCUCUGAAUCUCUUACACAACAUGAAAGGGUUUGCCUUGCCUUUUUGUACUCAUUGACUAUUUGACCUGUGCGUACAACCGAUCGAAGUCAUUUAUCGAAUAAUGUAUGCGUCUUGUGCAGCUGUGAGAAUUUGUCCGAUUCCUGGCCUUCAAGUGUGGUUCAGAUAUUUGGUCCAGCAGAACUGUUAAAACCAGCUGGUGAAGGAACAAAGGUGAGUAUCGAGUGUCUAGCGGUUAAACCAGAAAGGGAAGGAGAAGCUUGUUAAACUUGCCAUUUUUUUCUAGUUCCUAGAGGACAUCUGCAAUGUUCAUCUUCCUGUAUUUAAUGAUCUUCGUCAAGCGUAGUUUAGCUGUCAGUACCAACGAAGGGAAAGAGUUUGUCAUCUCGACCCCUUCCUCCAUACUAAACCAUGACGCCUUCAAUAUGUUCCCGAGACUGACGCUCACCAUGGUGUCAGCGGAUGACUGCCAGGUCAGGAUACUAACCCACUGGGCAUUAAAUCCGGAUCUUAUCACUAACACCACGAUCGACUUGCCUGCUGACAAGGCCAAGGUCUUCGUCAAGAACUAUAACUAUUUUGGGUUAGAAAGCGCCAAUGGUGUGAGAUGGGUGUAUCGCUUGAUAGGGACUCAACCCUUUGCAGUCUUGGUGACCAUGAUGGAAAAUGCCAACCUCCUAGAAACGUUUACGGCCCUGCCUGUCAUAGGCUGGGGAAAAAAAUACUUCGUAGUUACUCUAGAGUCAUUUUUCAACGUGGUUCUGGUCAAUCACGUGGGCACGACCAUCGUUGUUAUGCACGUGUUGACGGACAAUGGACAGUUUCGUCUGAAGAUUGACAAACAAGAAUACACAAGGACACAGCGCGCUGUUAUAACACUGUUAGAAUUUCAGGCUUACGGCAUAAGUAGUUGUUCUUUUACUGAAUCAGUAGAAGGAUCGAUCACAGGGUCAUAUCUCGAGAGCGACUCCAUAUUUGGAGUUGUGAAUGGACACUGCAGGGCUAUAACUUACGUCCGGUCAUGUGACUCUAAUGAUAAGAAGGUAUACCGUGGCAAAACAGGAAAUAUCAUGGGAGAGAUGUUGAUACCUUUCGUCUCCUUCGGCAAGUCAUUUGUGACCUUUGUCCCCUUAGGGGUCAGGAAUCCUGGGUUUUACGUCAUAACUGCUUCCGGUGAUCACACCAGGUUGAACAUUUUCAACCAGGGGAGGGAGGAGUGGCAUACUUUACAUAAGGGACAGUGGGUCUCGAUACCGGGACAGUUUGCCUGGCUUGAGUGUGAUGUAGCCUGCCAAGUGGUGUAUUUCCAGAACUCGAGCUGCCUUCAAAAUGGAUUACCGACAGAUAACGGAGGUCCCAGCAUGCUGGUGGUCAUUCCAUGCCAGCUGUACUACUUCAUAUAUGCCGUCAUGGUGCCAGAUGUUACAAUGUCUCACUACCUGACCUUGAUAGUAAGACAGAGAGUAGAGGUUGGUCUGCGACAAAUUCACACGAUGUUUGCAGCCGACAACUUUCCCACUCGCUUACUUCAGGACCAUGUGACGAUCAUUGAACACAGCAACUAUCAAGGGAUCUGGGUCGUCGUGCCGUUCAGUGUCCAGAAGAAUGAGAACUUCCUAGUUCUGUCCAACAUCUCCAGGUUUGGCUGCUUUCUUUACGGAGUCGGUGCGACCGCCACGUACAUGCACAACGUGGGCUUCAUCUCGUCCAAUAUCAAUCUAGCGACAUGCAGUAACAGUAUGGGAUCCAUGAAGAUUGGUGACCUGAUUGACAACGAUUGCGACGGAUCAGUGGAUGAGGAGUUCGGCGAUAAGAUGGAUGAGGAUAACGACGGAAAGGCUGAUGAGGACUUGCGACAUUUUUAUAGAGAUAUGUAUGCCAUGGUAAACGAAUAUUCCCCACAUCACCCAGCUUUAAUACAUGACAUCACAUUCAAAGUCAACAUUGACAUUGUGACCACAAAGGCGCCACUGAGGCUCUCGACGUAUGUUCCAAAAAUCAGGACCCCCAAUCCCAUGGUGCCGAUAACAAUAACGACACCUUUACCCACCUUUGAGAAAGAUAACCCCAGCAACGGAUCAUUGGAACAGUUGGGAGAUUAUGGGGAAUGGACGAAGUGGCGGUGUACUGAAAAGUGCAGCAACCCAAUGGAGGAAAGGAGGAGAUCUUGCAAAUUGAUAACUAGCAAAUCUCGAUGUAACACUUCACUUGUAGAGACCAGGCAAGCAACGUGUCACGUAGGGAAGACGUGCCCUGGAGAUUGUCCAGAUUUUAAAUGGGAUUUGAACUGCGCUAGCUCGUGUCAGAACUGCGAGAAGCCGUGCGACAAAUUUACUGGAAAAUGCCAGCAAUGUAAAUCGGGAUUUCAAAUACCAGAAAAGUCAUGCACUAUAUCCUGCAAACACAACCAGUUUGGCAAAGACUGUCUAGGGAAUUGUCUAGAAAAAUGUGGACAAGAUUGUGUGGAAAGAAUUAACGGAGAUUGUCCAUCGCAAAGUACAGGUCUACUUAUUGGCAUAAUUAUUGCAGUCAUAUUUUUGAUAGUGGGAAUCUUCAGCUUCCUAACCGUACAGAGAAAAAGAACGCAACUGGCGAAGCCGAAUGAGAAUUCCGAGAAUACCGCCAUGUCGGAAAUGUCCAACUCAAAGUCACAAAUCUCCAACAAAACACACGAAUCGGCAGCAACGGAAAAAUCCGAAAAAUCUGAAAAGUCCAAUAAAAGUCCAGCGGAAGAGGGGACUUUCGAUGUCUCCAAGGCCAAAUCUAAUAUCACAGUAUAGAUAUCUUCGAACAGACUCACAAGCUUUCACUUAUUUAUGAUAUUUGUAUAUGACAGUUUACUUUUUAAAUAGAUUGUGUAUUAU